AAUCAAGAACUAGUGAAAAACGUAUACAUACGGGGGAACCUGAGCUCCUGAUUCUGUGCUUGGAUACAAUGUCUCGACUUUUCACAGUCUCUGUGCCCAAUCCCAGCGUGAUUUCUUAAUUAUGACGUUUUUAGGUUUUAGUUCCCAGUGCUAACUGUACUCCUGAGCCAAGAUUUCACGUUCUACCCUUUCAGGGAACUUCGUGGACAUUCACAUCAAAAGCGGGGGCUGUGAAGACCCCAAACGAACUAAAAACACAUGUGGUUUCGCUUACAUCGAGGUGAAUGGAAUGGACCUCUCUCCUCGCGGCAGGGGAUGCAACGUUGUAGUUGUUGAUGGCAGAACAGGAGGAGUUCUCGAAAGGAAAACAUUUGAUACACAUUGGAGCCCCUCUGCUGGUGAUCAUCUUAAAGAAUAUCUCGACAGCCUCAACGGAAAUAAGAUCGUUUUGGUGGCUUUUCAAGAUGAAGGUUCAACUUACGUAAGAAAAGCGCUUAUGCCUCUCAAGAGACUGGGCGCUACCGAGCCUGUAUUACCGGACUAUAAAGGAUCCUUUGCGCUAGUUGGAUACGCAGGAGAAAACAAACCAUCGUGGGUUGAAGAAAAAAUUGCCAAGAGAGGUCUGGGACCAAGUGAGAUAUCUCUGAAGAUUCAGUUAACCAACCCAGUACCCCAGCCCCAUCCAGCUAUCACCUUUUUUCCUGAUUAUGGUAUUGGUUUGUUUUUCUCUAUUUGUUGCGUUUUUGGUUUUUUUUAUUGUUUUGUGCAAUGGGCAAAGAGUUAGAGUUACCUGUGUGACAACAUGAAAAUAGCAAAAGGAGGAGGCAAUCACGGGUAGUCACAACGAGAUAACAUGAAAAGAUAUCUUUCAAAGUUAACCAUGAUGCAUCUUAAAAUGAAACAAAUUGCAACAAUUUAAUUUAGUAAAUACACCAUUAGCUGAUAAAAUACUUUCAUAAGAGCGUACAAAAAAGCGGUGGGGAGGAUAAACUGAUAACGGUGAGUCCGUUCAAACAUUAACACCUAGAGCGCUGGACGAAUAUACACAACAAUGAUAAAGCCUCUUUUACAAAUGAUUAACGCCAAAACACGUUUGCUUGGUCAGAGACACGCCAGUGUCAAAUUAGAAACCUGGAAUAACGAAGUUACAGAGACUAAUCUAACGCAGUUGAUAAUAUUUUGAAGAAAAAGGCUUGUUUAUUUGUGUUUGAUUACCUUUAAGGCAAUGUCGGUUGUCCCCUUAAGAAUUAAUUCAAUUUUUUAGCACACGAUUUUAAUACGAGGAAUAAUGGGGUCAUCGUUGUUCUCCCGUAAGUGAAACUUCACUAUUCUCUCAAAAGUUUUAAUUUUUUGAGCACUUUAUCAUU